AUGUCGUCGCCGCCUCCGUUUCUGCCUUCACCGACCAAUCAUAUGUUCAAUGAAAUGCAGUAUUCCACGAUAAAUGGCGGAGAGUUCUACAACGUGGGCCGUGACCUCGUUCGAAAUUUCCAUGCUACGGCCGCCAACCCACAUAAAACGCUAUGGGAUGCAAUCGCUGGCGUUGGAGCUUCCUACAAUUCUGCCUUGCAGUUUGACCGCGGCAGCUGUCUGUCUGGGACCCGAGAAGCAGUUUUACGAGAUAUCCAUGAAUGGAGCAUCUCAGGAAGAGAUUCUCCACCCGUAUGCUGGCUUUCGGGAACUGCAGGUGUAGGAAAGUCGGCCAUCGCGUUGACAGUUGCCAAGUCACGCGCCAAAAACAAUGGACUUGCAGCCUCUUUUUUCUUCUUCAGAUCCGACCCCAAGCGCAACAACCCUUCCUUCCUCAUCCUGACGCUUGCGCACAGUCUUGUUACCACAAGGCCAUCGCUACGCCGUAUCAUUCAUGACAAGAUCGCCGCCGAUCCCAGGAUCUUGGAAGCCACUUUGGAACAUCAAUUUACAGAGCUCAUUGUCUCUCCAUUACAGGAAAGGAGAUGGUGGAGACGUCUGCAGGAACGACUAUUGCCUCAGUUGGUUCAACCCAAUCUCGUCAUUAUUGACGGCCUGGACGAGUGCAAGGACAGCGACACCCAGUUGCGACUUAUCUCCAUACUAACAUCUGCCUAUCAACAAUUCCCUCAUUUCCCUCUGCGACUUCUGAUCUGUAGCCGUCCUGAAUCAUGGAUUCGAGAGGCCUUCAAUCUCCCAAACAAUCAUAUCCUCACUAAACACAUAAAGUUGGAUGAUUCCUAUUUGCCGAACAAAGACAUUGAACAGUACUUUUGCAGGGAGUUCACCAGCAUUCGCACAAACACCAAAUACUCCCAGGUUGAAUUUCCUAACCCAUGGCCUUCCGAAGCUGACAUUCACCGUUUGGUUUACAAUGCUUCAGCCCAAUUUAUUUAUGCGGUGACUGCAAUGAAAGUUGUGAAAACGGAAUUCUCACACCCUAUUGAACAGCUUCAAAUAAUCCUUGAUCAUCCAUCCAAUCAAAUCUCUCUGGAAUCUCCAUUUCCUGAGCUCGACAACCUUUAUCAUAUAAUACUUUCUGCCAAUCCUAGACGAGACAAGCUUCUCUCUAUCCUUAGUGCAAUUCUUCUACUGCCAGAGGAAGCCAAAACCCCAAAGUUUAUUGAAUUAUUGCUUGGAUUCUCCCAUGGAGAAGUUGACCUGUCAUUGCGAGGAAUGCACUCAGUACUCGACAUUUGCGGCGCGACGGACGAUAUUCGAGUUUAUCACACUUCCUUCACUGAUUACCUCUGCACCAAGUCUCGAUCUGCCGAGUUCUACAUUGAUGAGCCUUGGCAACGUGAUUUCCUUGCUUGUCGAUGGCUCACCACUCUUGAUCAACAGGCAAAGAGCUUACAUUACUGGAUCUCUUUGCGAGAAUGCGGCAACUUUUGCUCCACUGUGAAACAGCCGAGCGAGCAAUUGCUGUAUGAACUUGGAUCUCUUGAUCUGCUCAGCCUUAUUGUUGCUACUGGUGUCAAUCUGCAAGUUGAAAGCCUGAUGCGUGGGUCAUGCCAGCGGUGGGCCUUAUUAUUCCGUUGCUUUCAAACCAUCGCUUCCUGGUUGAAUCAAGAGGGUGUCGAUCCACAAAUCAUUGAACACUUUGUAGAUGUCCAGGAUCGUAUCCAGGUGAACCCCUCACUGGAUGAAGAAACUCGAAGUGACCUUGAAAGCUGGAUAAUUCUCAAUGUCACUUGUUGCAGGUGGAGAUGUCCGGUGACAGACUCCAUUGAUGCCUCAGUGGCAAAAUUGUUUGCUGGUGUGCAGAAUACCGAGUCUUCCUCAGGUCCUCUUUCAUUAGCUGGGCCUACUAGUACUCCAGGUGUCUGCAUUGACAUUCCAUAUGGUUGCUUUCAGACUGUGAAGCACCUGUGCUAUGAUCUAGAAAUUUUAAUGGCAAGAUUUCAAAAGUUGGAAGCAGGUGACAAAGACAUCAAGUUGGAACUGUGGGGAAUAAGGAUGACUGUUUACAAUCUACUGUGUUCGACACUACUGACAUUCUGUCAUCCUCAACCUGAACUUCUCUCUAUACUCUGUACAAUCUCUGAGGUGGGGAAGAUGUUAUCAAAUAUUCAUUCAACACAGUUUUAUGCACAGAAGAAGGAACAUCGAGAUGAGCUACUGUCAUGGUGCAAGGUACUUACCUCUUCCCCUAUACUCUCUGUCAUCUGA